GGCUAGUCUCAAUUGGCUACUAAUGAGCGCAUCGGCUACAGGCUGUCCUUAAUGUGCUAAUUAGGUGAGUAUCUCGUACAGGCUGUUCUUAAUGUGCUAUUUAGGUGUGCAUCUGGUACAUGCUGUUCUUAAUGUACUAUUUAGGUAUGUAUCUAAUAAAGGCUGUUCUUAAUGUGCUAAUUAGGUGUGUAUCUGGUAAAGGCUGUUCUUAAUAUGCUCUUUGGAUCUUAAUAUUCUAAUUAAAUAUGUAUCUAUAACAGGCUGAUCUUAAUGUACUAUUUAGAUGAAUAUCUGGUACAGGCUGUUAUUAAUACGCUUUUUAGGUAUUUAUCUGAUUAAGUCUGCUUUUAAUAUGCUAAUUAUAUGUAUAUCUGGUUCAGGUGGUUCUUAAUAUGCUAAGUUGGUAAGUAUCUGGUAACGACUGUUCUUAAUAUGCUAUUUAGGUUUUUAUCUGAUGAAGGCUGCUUUCAAUAUGUUAAUUAGAUUUGUAUCUGGUACACGCUGCUCUUAAUGUGCUAAUUAGGUGAGAAUAUGGUACAGUCUUUUCUUAUGUGCUACUUAGGUAUGUAUCUGAUACAGGCUUCUCUUAAUGUGCUACUAACUUGUUUAUCAGGUACAGGCUGUUCUUGGUAUGCUUUUCAGGUUUGAGCUUCUCUUACACUAUAAUUUUUUUUAAAUUAUCUUAGAUGACGUUCACCGAUCGGAGCAAGAGUUUAGCAGUAGCAGACGUAGAAAUGGAGCAAAGAGAUGUCGUCCAAUUUUACUGUAAACCGCUUGCGAUUUCGGAAAAACAAAACAAGUACAAUGAUGAAAUUAAAAUCAAUUAUGUCCUCUCUCUCUCCACCCAAAAUAAGACCCCCCCCCCCCUCUUUUUUUCCAAUUUCAUUUUCCUAUUAACACAGUAUUCGAUUUUUAGCAACAUUUAUUUUUUUUUAAAAAAAAAAAAAAAAUAAAAAAAAAAAAAAAAAAAAAAAAUUUUUUUCCAAUUUCAUUUUCCUAUUAACACAGUAUUCGAUUUUUAGCAACAUUUAUGUCUUUUUAAAAAAAUAAAAAAAAUAAAAAAAAAGAAAAAGAAAAAAAGCAUCCAUGGCCGUAAAUAGGUCAAUGAUUAAACAUUUUAUAGUUGUAACAGACUAAGUCUGGGCCAGGCGCUGACGCACGUACCCGGAAAUGUUGAUUAUAAGUCACCCAUACACUUUCUGGAUCCGGUCAAUGAAACGGUACCUGGUCCGGGCCCGGUGUUGAAGGAAAAAGAAUAAUGAAAAGCUUAAUUAAUAAUAAUUUUAAAACAUAAUUUCGUUGUACGUUUUCCUUAAUUAAAAACUCUUAUUAAAAAAACAACAACUGGCAAAGCAGUUAGAAACUAAGUGUAAGUAAACUAAAUUGACUGCCACUCGUUGAAAAUAAUAAUGUACUUGCUGCGAAUUUCGUGUAGUUAUUUGUCUUAGCAAGAAGGGCAUCUUUGGUUAUGACCAUGGCACUGUCUGUUUAAAAUUAAUAUUUUAUUUCACAUGCUGACUGGUGGACUUCUUUGUGUGUGUGUGUGUGUGUGUGUGUGCGUGCGUGCGUGCGUGCGUGCGUGCGUGUGUGUGUGUGUGUGUGUGUGUGUGUGUUCACGUCGAGGGCUUUUAAGCGUGUGGCUUUGGGUAGUUUACUAGGACGUAGUUUACGUGACAGUGACUGCUCUGCUGCCUCCAGGGUUAAUCUUUGAGAACGUACCCGCUUUGAAACGUUAAAUUGCGUUUUCAUGGGUCUUCUUGCCUAAACCACUUGAUCAAGACGUCCCUCUAUUUCGGCAACGUUGCCUGAGGGUGUCAUGUAUAACUGAAACAGCACUACAACACGCUAAAACCUAUGAAUAACGACUGCAACUGCACUGAAACACGCUAUCACCUGUGAAUACCGACUGCAUCAGCACACAAUCAAGUUAAUGCCUGUGAAUAAUUACUGCAACCGACCCAAUCACAGUAAUGAAUAACGACUGCAACAGCACUCAAUCACGCUAUCACCUGUGAAUAACGACUGCAAAAGCACUCAAUCACGCUAUCACCUGUUAAUAAAGACGACAACAGCACUCAAUCACGCUAUCUCCUGUGAAUAACGACUGCAAAAGCACUAAAUAACGAUUAUACCUGUAAAUAACGUUUGCAACUGCACUCAAUCACGCUAAUAACUGUGAAUAACGACGUCAGUAUUUCAUUACUCUCAUGGGUGUGUCCAGCACAAAACUUUAUACAAAGGGGACUACAGUUAUCUCUCAACACACACUGACUACAGCCUCUGGCCGACUCUAACAACAGUAGAAUGACAUACGAGACUAACCCUCACUCAAGACACUGCUCGGCUACUGUACAUAAACUUGACGUGAGGUCUACGUGAAAUAACGACGACUACCUGUCUUCUCGACAUCACCGACCUUAUGAUAUGCAAAACACAUGUUUAUUGCUAUCCGCUUUCAUCUAAUCUAAUCAAAAUUUAGACGGAAAACUACAAAUUCAUGGUGACAACAAACUCAUGGUGACAACAAACUCAUGGUGACAACAAACUCACGAUGACAACAAAAUCAUGGUGACAACAAACUCAUGGUGACAACAAACUCAUGAUGACAAAAAACUCAUGGUGACAACAGACUCAUGGUGACAAAAAACUCAUGGUGACAACAAACUCAUAGUGAUAACAAACUCAUGGUGACUACAAACUGAUGGUGACAACAAAUGCAUGGUGACAAAAAACUCAUAGUGACAACAAACUCACGGUGAUGACAGUCUCAUGGUGAACUACAAACUCAUGAUGACAACAAACUUAUGAUGACAACAAAUUCAUGGUGACAACAAACUCAUAAUGACUCUAAAUUAAUUUUGGAAACAACUCAUGGUGGCAACAAACUUAUUGUAAUAUAAAACUUAUGGUGACCACAAACUUAUGGUGACAACAAACUUAUGGUGACCACAAACUUAUGGUGACCACAAACUUAUGGUGACAACAAACUCAAGAUGACAACAAACGUAUGGUGAUCACAAAAUCGAGGUGACAAAAAACUCAUGGUGACAGCAAAUUAAUGGAGGCUACAAACUCACAAUGACAACACACUUGUGGUGACAACAUACUUGUGGGUACAACAAACUCGUGGUGACAACAAAUUUCAUGGUGACAACAAACACAUGAAGGCAACGGAUUAGGGUGGCAACAAACUCAUAAUGACAACAAACUCAUGCUGACAAUAGCUCAUGUUGGCAUCAAACUUAUUGUGACAACAAACACAUGGUGACAACAAAUGUUUGCAGAUAACAUACUUAUGUUAAAAACACAUUCUUGGUGACAACAAACUCAUGGUGACAACAAACUGACUGUGACAAGAAACUCGUUGUGACAACAAACUCUCUGUGACAACUCAUGGUGACAACUCACACUAAUUAAAGAUUCGAAUAUUUUUAAACCUAUCUCUGCACCCUGUUUGAUUUUUUUUUUUAUGAAAAAGAAAAAAAAAUCAUCACUUCUCAACGGCUGAGAAUUGACGGUAUAGUUUCUGAAUAAAAAUUAUUUUCCUUAAUAUGUUAAACAUAAACAAUUCAAAAAGGAGGAUGUUAAUCAUUUCAUAGCAAAAAUACUUAUGAACUUUUAUUUCAUAACCAUUAUUAAAAUGUAAUUUUGGAAAAAGCGAUAUACUAUUGGAAAUCCUUAACCCUGAGUAGAAUUCACAACUAACAUGUUUAAAAAAUUGUUUUUUCCAUUUUUCAUUUAAAGCUUUGUUGAGGUCAUUGCAGCAUACUAAAUGUGUUGUAAUUUUUCAAUAGCCAUUCCAGCAUGAUGCAGUCAAGUGAUGUCGAUCUGCUUCUUAUUGGUAAAACCGGACACGGGAAGAGUGCCACAGGAAAUGCAAUCCUCAGACGAAGAGCUUUCAAAACUAGCGGGAACGCUUCUUCGGAGACCCAGAAAAUAGACUACGAAGUUAGUGACUACAACGGCCGAAUUCUAAAAAUUGUUGAUGGACCUGGCAUCGGGGACACUCGGAUGACAACGGAUUCGGCGGUUCAAAUUGUGUUAAAUGCUACGGCAGAGGCCAUAGCCACAAACCCAAAGGGCUACCACGCGUUCCUCCUAGUCGUGAAGUACGGCCAACGAUUUACUGGAGAGGAGCAAGAAACUAUUGGGUUUCUAAAGAACAUUUUUGGUGAUACAUUCGUUAAAGAAUUUUGCAUUCUGCUCAUGUCCAAUGGAGACACCUUCGAGAAGGAGAGCAAAGAAAUUGGCCAGACGUUUGAAGAUUGGUGCGGGUCACAAACUGGAGCUUUUAAAUCUUUACUGUCAGAGUGUAAUAACAGAAUUGUUCUAUUCAAUAAUUCAACAAAAGAUGAAGAUAUUAUAGACAAACAACUAAGACAACUUUUAUCUGUAGUGGAACGACUGAGUUCGAAAGGGCAGAGAUACACAGACAAGAAUUUUGAGGCAGCCAAGGAUGCCCGUAUGCGAGUCUUGGUUGAUGCACAGGAGCCACUUAUAAGGGACGAGACUAUGCAAGAAACUAGUCUCAUUCUACAAAACCUGGAGCAGAUUCAGGCUUGUGACCAUUUCGAAACCAAACUGAACCUCUUGGAGAAACUCCUUGUUCGGGCAGAAUCCUUAUUUGAAAGCAUUUCGACUUUAGACAGAGGAACCGGGGCACUACAUGAAAUCGUUCAGAUGGUCAAGUCCAUCAAAUCAACAAUAUCGGAUGAAAUCAAAUUCACCAUCAGAAACCAAGAAGAGAGUCAAAGGAUGAAAAAGAUAGAAGAGGAGCUAAAGAAAAAAGCAGAUGAAGAGACUGAAAUAAUUCGUCAACAUUUCGAACUCAUAUUGAAUCAGGAGAGACUUGCACACCAGCAAGAAGUUGAAAUUUUAAGACAACAAGAGAAAACAAACAAAGACCUGGAAAGGAAAAUGAAUACAAAGAUAGAACAGGGUAUCAAGGAACAUUUGAAACAGUUUGAAAAGAGACGUCUUAAACAGGAACAUAAAAUGGAAAAUCUAGAGAAACAAUACAGACAGACCAAGGAGAAAAAUGACCGGAGUAUUUUAAACAUGAUGCUCAGUGGAAUCACCUGGCCUUUCAGGAAAAUAGCCAGCUUGUUCAGCUAAAAGUCCACCGCAGCAUCAGCUAAUCUUGUCAUAUUCCGCUUCGAACGCCUCUACAAUUUAAGAUUCUAAAAAUUAAAAAAGGCGAAAAAUGUUGAGUUUACAGUAAAUGAAAUGAAAAUUGAACCUUGUGUUUUCUUUUAUAACAACAGGAUGAGAUAUAGCAUACAUAGAUCGUAGGGAUUUUGAACACAGAUAAUUUGAUCUUAUUCCCAAAAACAAAUUACUUAAUAAGGAUUUAAUUUGAGCAAACUUCCAUAAACAUACAACUUUUUAAGAAACAAUUCGCAGACCAGUCAGCAAACAAAGAAUACUUAUCUAAGAUACACGUACAAAAUCAUUGACGUAAUAUUAAAUGAUUUGAAAACCACAUAAAAUAGUUGUUUCAAAAUUCAAGC